AAUUCAAAGCACCACCACGGAACCGGCCCACUCUCUCUAGUCUCUAGACUCUACCAGUCCCAAAAUUUAAUGCCCGAAAAAAGAAAUCCAGGCCCAAGCCCCAUUUCAACACAAUUUUGGGGCGGGUUUAUUAACUUUAUUUUAAUCCCCAGUUUCCAUUGACUUUGUGCGCUUAAAUAUUGAUGUCAGCUCUUGAGUUUCUUGAUUUCAGAGAGAUGCUUUAUUGCCUUUUACCACAACACCACCACCACCUUCCCUCAUCGCCUGAUCACUCCCUCUUUGAUUUUCCGGUCAUGGACUUCUCCGAACCCCCCACCGGCAGGCCCUCUCCCCGGAGGGAACUCCAGGGCCCCCGCCCAACCCCCCUCAAAGUCAGUAAAGACUCUUACAAGAUCAAGAAGCCGCCGGUGCCGCCCCAGCCGUCUCACCCCCCGCAGCCGCCGGCCCAAAAUCGCCCACCAGUUAUAAUUUACGCUGUCUCUCCCAAGGUAAUUCACACGGAUGCUAGCGAGUUCAUGACAUUAGUUCAACGCCUUACUGGCCCGUCUCCGACAUCGUCUGAUGCUUCCGACGCCGGGGCUGGUGCUUCUUCGUCUGCUUUUGAUACUACUUGUGCAAUUUCUCCGGCAGCCCGGUUCGCGGCCAUCGAGAAGACUAACACCUCUCCUGACAAGUCAAGAAGGGCGGUUGAUUUGGACAUGGCGCAUGGAGUAGAAAUGGGUGCUAACGUGGAGAGAACGAGUUCAAUUCCGGGGAUAUUGUCGCCUCUCCCGUCUUCCCUCCCACCCAUCUCUCCAAAUUUCUUCUCCCCACCGUCUGAUCCGACUUCGCUCGGCUUCCUGCAUGAACUCAGCCCCAUCUUCCAUGGUAACAAGAACUACAUAGAAAGCUUCUUCAUGUCCAGCCCCUCCGCCUUCUUAUCACCUCCUAAUAUUUCUCCCACCCCAUCACUUGAUCUCUUCAAUCCCUUCUCAGAUUUUUAGCCAUCUUUUCCAGCAGAAACACAGAAAAACAGAUUUAAGAAGAAGGGGAAAGAGAUAUCUGAUUUGGUUGACACGAGGGAGAAGAAUCUUCUCCCAAUGGUGGGGCAAUCGGUAACUCAUGGGACAGAGGUCACAGAACUUGGGACUUGAGAGGUAUUUUUGGUUUUCUUUUUUCCUUCUUAGUGGUACAGUUGAUAAGUCUUGAAUGGGCUUUUAACCAUGUGGGCCAUGUGUCGAUAAUCCAACCCGCAUGUCCUUCACAUCUUAUCUUCUUUUUUCUAUCUGAUAACAUUUUUUGUUAACACAUGUGGCUUGUAAUUUGUAACAAUAACCGUUCAAUUAUUCUUUUGUAUUA